CUAGCACACUGUCGCUCCAUGUGCUAGCUAGCCUGCUAGUUAACUAGCACACGGUGACACUCCCGUCUGCUGUGUACCGGAGUCUUCCUAAGGACUAGAUGGCUAAACUAGCAGAAUGUCCACUGGCGUACGGCUAGCUAGAUAACGUUGUCGCCACCGAUCCUCCUUAUGAUGGUUUGUGCAUUAAUACCACCUACUGUACUGAAGGGCAUUGGCUUCUCGCCUGUCCCUAAUUUAAAACUAGAAUGUAACUUUUUGAGCGACCAGACCAAAUUCACAUAGAAAUAUAGAUAUUUUAUUCUCAUUGAAAUCAAGUCUAAGAAGCGGUAGAUCUGUUAAAUGUGCUUAAGUUUCCCGUGCUUAAGUUUCACUUUUGGUUUUGUAGACCAACUUCAAACAGUUGAAAAAUACAAUAUAUGUGGCUUUGGAAAAGAUUUCACAAAGGUUUAGAUGGUACAAUGACUGCUUGUUUUGUCACAAACUUAAAUUAGGUGAACGAUCAGAAUUGUAGCAACCAGGAAAUGGCGGAGCGAUUUCUGCAAUGUGGAUCUUUAAAAACCAAUAUAAAUAUAAAAGAGGUGCCUGCAGAUGCAGAAAUGCCCACAUGCAGGAACGCCCCCUUCAAUUUUGGGGGGGUUUCCGCGGGCACAUGCUGCUUUUAAUGUUAUUUUCACAGCGGAUUUGUCGUAUUUACCUUCCCUUCCCCAUAUCCGAAUGGCUCGGUCACCACCGCAUGAUGCCAGCAAUGUGCCUUUGGGGUUCCAUGCCACAUACCAACAGCGGGAAUCUGGAUGCGCAUUGAAUUUCUGCAGAAGGGCCACAGUGUCGUUCAUUGCUAGCAAGCUGCUAUCUAGCUAGUGACUUGUUAUUGGCAACUGAUAAUGCUGCUACCAAAACAGCAAGCUAGCCGUAGCUAUGCAAACGUCAUACACAUAAACAAGGAAGACAGCUAACAUCUACUUCAAAUACGAGGCACUGACUCCUGGUUGACGACCAAGUGGGAAUUGGAUGACAAUGUAUGCACCACCGGGUACCACUGUCCCCGGAAGCCGGCGAAGGAGAGGGGGUACUGCACUGCCCAAGCAGCCAGAGCGAAGCCUGGCAUCUGCCCUCCCCGGAGCACUGUCCAUCACGGCUCUAUGUACGGCCUUGGCCGAACCAGCUUGGGUCCGAGUUCAUGGAGGGACGUGUCCCAAGCAGGAGCUUGGAGUGGCAGAUGUCCUGGGAUACAUUGACCCGAAACUCCUGGAGGAUUAUUGUGUGAACUCCCAGACCAUCUUGCUGCUAAGGGUCAUUGCUGCCUUCUGCUUCCUGGGCAUCCUAUGCAGCUUGAUAGCUUUCCUUUUGGAUGUCUUUGGGCCCAAGCACCCUGCCCUCAAGAUCACCCGCAGAUACGCAUUUGCCCACAUUCUCACAGUGCUGCAGUGUGCCACAGUAAUCGGGUUCUGCUACUGGGCCUCAGAGCUCAUCUUGUCGCUACAGCAGCAGCAUAAGAAGUACCACGGAUCACUCAUCUAUGUCACGUUUGCCAUUAGCUUCUACCUGGUGGCGGGGGCUGGCGGCGCCUCCAUUCUGGCCACAGCUGCCAACCUGCUGCGCCACUACCCCACAGAGGAGGAGGAGCAGGCUCUAGAGCUUCUCUCAGAGAUGGAGGAGAGCAGUGAAACAUAUCCUGCCGAUUAUGACAUUGCCAACCAGUUCCAGCCGCCUCCUGCAUACACGCCUUAAUGUAGCCAGCCCGGCCACUUCUUUCUCUUACAUCCAUGCUUCUCUAUGAGCACGUCUAUUGGCCUUGUCUCAAACACCUACAGAUAUGUGAUCCAAAAACUGUACCCAAUGGAUAUUCUCUGCAAAUACUCUGCUUUCUAUAAUCAACAUCAACACAAAUGGACACACUUAUUUCUUGAUUGUGGGUGCUUGAGUGCAUGAAAGCUUCCUUUUACGGUGGCAGAGAUUCAAUACUUGAUUCGUGUUUUCACCACUGAAGCUUGGCUUUUAGCAAUUUGCAUGUAUAUGUCAUUAAGGACUUGACCCUUACAUGUAAAGCAAGAGAAACUGGCAAUAUAUGGGGUGUUAUUUUAAGAACUGUUGUACGGUUUGGGUCUACACCUGGUUUAUUGAAUGAUCAGAUAUGGCGUGAGACUCAACAUAGUGUAUGACAGUGUUUUAAGUCAUGGCUUAACAAAGGUCAAGUUCGGAAGUUUGGGCUUUUGACAGUGUGGCAGUAGUAUUGGGCAUUGGUUGAAGUGUUAAAUGACCGCUUAACAUCGAUCAUUUGAGUGAACUUUUUAUCAGUUAAACCUGAAAGGCACCCAGGUUAAACACACUGAAUUUUAGACAUUUAUUUCUCAAUUGAAAUGGACCAUUAUUUAUUAACUGUCUGUCCCUGGUGUGGUAACUUUUUUUUAUGUGAAUGCAAGGCACUGUUUUGCAUUUUAUUUAGUCUUAACAGUUGUGCAGUUCUGAACUUGGAAGUCAAUAGGUUUUCCAUAUUAAGAUUGGUUAAUCACAGUAGUAGUAAAAAUAGGUAUUUUACAUAAACAUGGCCAGUGAUUGAUGCCCAAAUUGUUAUGAAAGUAAUUAAUUGAAAGCCAUGAGAAAUGUAAAGUUUCUCAUGGUUUUGCAAUGUACGUUAUUCACAUUUUUCGGAUGUUUGACAAAUAGAGGAACAUUAUUUUCUCUUUUUAACAACUGGCAAAAACGGUAGUAUGCCAUUGUAGAUGUAGACUCAUCCUUUGUCCACAAUGCAUUGGUCAUUUCAUAAAUUCAAUCAUUUCACUCAAAUGUAUCCAACUGAAUGACAACUUUUAUUUGUACUUUGUGAUUACUUAACUUGAGUUAUGUGUGUUGUCUGUGCAUGAGUUCUUCCCCCUGAUCCUCAGGAUUGUGAGAAUCUUAUUGAAAUCUUUUGGGAUGGAAUACUUCACACAAGUAAUCUAAACUUGUGUUAGGAUUCAGCCUUUUUUUUCAUGUGAAUAAUAAUCUAGUUGUACAAGUGAUUUGUUGCUCUAUUGUUUAUUUUGAUAUUGUUUCUUUUAUUUUAGCCUUUCUGCUUUACUUUCAUAAGUGUGUAGAAAUGUUAAGUAAAAUAUUGUGGACAAUUUAUAUAUAAAGCUGGUCGUAUUCAAAAUAAAAAAAUAAAUGUCCAA